UUUCAGGUUUCAGCCAUUUGGGAUAUACAAGUUUACUUCAAGAACAGAAGAAUGUGUCCAGGUUUAAUUGAAAUAAUUAUUUUUUAGGCAUUGAAUGGCAAAGAAGAGUCGCUGGUUUGAUUGGGUGAAGAAAUUCUUCAUUUCUGAGGCUAAAACAAAACCAGGAAAGAAAACCAAGCGGCGAAAAUGUGUUCCAGGGAGGCUCCUUAAGUAUAGAAAAUUUGAUGCACUUUCAGCUCCGGAAAGAUCAUUGAGUGAAGCAACCGAAAAGCAGAGAAAACAUGCUCUGAGUGUUGCUGCUGCAACCUCUGCUGCUGCUGAGGCUGCAAUUGCUGCUGCUCAUGCCGCGGAUGAGGUUGUUCGGCUCAUGGGUUCUUCCAAAUCUUUCCAUCAGUUCACUGAAAAACAAAGAAAUUUGUCUGCCAUUAAGAUUCAAAGCGCUUUCCGAGCAUAUCUAGCAAGGAAAGCAUUGCGGGCAUUGAAGGGAUUGGUGAGGCUACAAGCAAUUGUUAGAGGCAGAGCCGUAAGACGCCGAUUAGAAACGACUCUGAAGUGUUUGCCAUCUAAAGUUAAAAAACAAUCAGAGGUCCUGGAAAAAGAGGAUUUGGGAGAGAAGGAAAUAAUGGCCGAAUGUAACAAGAGUCAAAGAAAUUGGGAUUUUAGUGUGCUUUCAAAGGAAGACAUGGAAGCCGUAUGGUUAAGAAAGCAAGAGGCCUUCCUCAAAAGAGAAAGAAUGAUGAAAUACUCAUAUUCUCACAGGGAAAGAAGAAACGUUCAGACACUGGAAGAAUCAAUGCCCCACAAGGAAAGACAGCCGAGCUGCCGGGUGGAGAAAGAAAUGUUCGUAAAACCAGCUGUUCGUCCAAAUCUGAUUACUGGUGAAAUAUACAUUCCAAAACAAGUUACACUGAGAAAUAUGCGGAUGCAUGAGUCAUUGAAUGAACUGAAUUCUCCACAUUCAUUUCCUCGAAGAUCAUUUUGUCGCGCACAACAGAAUAUCAAUACGUCUGGAGACGAAAAUUCUCCUGUUUUUCCCACUUUCAUGGCUGCAACACAAUCUGCAAAGGCCACGGCAAGGUCAAUGAGUACACCAAGACAACAUUCAGGAUUUCUGGAGAAUUGCUUUGGCCAGAGUGGACCUUAUAGGAACGAUCAGCUCUCUCUUUGGUCUUCUUAUAAUGGUGAAUCUGUCACCAAUAAUGGAAAAAGUUGCAUUCUCAACUAUCUCUAAGCAUGAAUAACAAUCGUCAGUAAUUAGUUUCAGAAAAUUCAGCACAAAUUCUCACCCUGAUGUUGAAAUCGCAACAUGUUUUUUCUUUGAUGAGGUGGUGAUUGUUCAUUUGGUUUGAUUUCCCUCUAUUUAUUAAUUUAUAUUUGUGGUUUCUUUUGUGGGCGAGUUGUUAAUUUGAUCUGUUGUUUUGUUGGUAAGAUAAACAUACUGUUUUAUGUUUAAGAAUGUUCUUCUUCUCGGCUAUGUAAUGUAUAAUGAAAGGUUUGCUUGGUAUUUUGUUU